AGGGCGGGCGCGGGGAGGGAGGCGGCGCCUGGGCGCGAUCGGCCCCGCGCUGGCUCCUCUCCCCGGAACAGGCCCCCGACAGCUGCUCGCGGGAGCCGCCUCCCGACACCCGAGCCCCGCCGGCGCCUGCGCUCCCGGCCCGCGCCCCGCCGCCGAGGAGGCCCCAGCCGGGGCCGGACGCCCGGGUCGGCCGGAGAGCGCCGAGAGAGAUGCCAUCCUCCCCUCCGUAGGCCCGGGGGACCAGGAGCUAUGGGGGCAGGGGCCCUCUCCUCUCUGCUGCUGCUGCUGCUCUUGGUGACCGUUGGGGAUGCUGACAUGAAGGGGCAUUUCGACCCUGCCAAGUGCCGCUAUGCCCUGGGCAUGCAGGACCGCACCAUUCCCGACAGCGACAUCUCCGUGUCCAGCUCCUGGUCAGACUCCACCGCUGCCCGCCACAGCAGGCUGGAGAGCAGCGAUGGCGACGGGGCGUGGUGCCCCGCAGGACCCGUGUUCCCCAAAGAGGAGGAGUACCUGCAGGUGGACCUCCGGAGGCUGCACCUGGUGGCUCUGGUGGGCACCCAGGGCCGCCAUGCCGGGGGCCUGGGGAAGGAGUUCUCCCGAAGCUACCGGCUGCGUUACUCCCGGGACGGCCGCCGCUGGAUGGACUGGAGGGACCGCUGGGGUCAGGAGGUGAUUUCGGGUAACGAGGACCCCGGUGGAGUGGUGCUGAAGGACCUCGGGCCCCCCAUGGUGGCCCGGCUGGUCCGGUUCUACCCCCGGGCCGACCGAGUCAUGAGUGUGUGUCUGCGGGUGGAGCUCUAUGGCUGCCUGUGGCGGGAUGGAUUGCUGUCUUACACAGCCCCCGUGGGGCAGACCAUGGUCCUGUCUGAGGAGGUGCAUCUCAACGACUCCACCUAUGACGGCUACACGGUGGGCGGGCUGCAGUAUGGCGGUCUGGGCCAGCUGGCGGAUGGUGUGGUGGGCUUGGAUGACUUCAGGCAGAGCCAGGAGCUGCGGGUGUGGCCGGGCUAUGACUACGUGGGCUGGAGUAACCACAGCUUCCCCAGCGGCUAUGUGGAGAUGGAGUUUGAGUUUGACCGACUGAGGGCCUUCCAGACCAUGCAGGUCCACUGCAACAACAUGCACACCCUGGGAGCCCGCCUGCCGGGCGGGGUAGAAUGCCGGUUUAAAAGGGGCCCUGCCAUGGCCUGGGAGGGAGAGCCUGCGCGCCAUGCCCUGGGGGGCAGCCUCGGAGACCCCAGAGCCAGGGCCAUCUCGGUGCCCCUGGGCGGCCGCGUGGGCCGCUUCCUGCAGUGCCGCUUCCUCUUCGCGGGGCCCUGGUUGCUCUUCAGCGAGGUGUCUUUCAUCUCGGAUGUGGUCAACGAUUCCACCGACACCUUCCCACCAGCCCCCUGGUGGCCGCCUGGGCCGCCUCCCACCAACGUCAGCAGCCUGGAGCUGGAGCCUCGGGGUCAGCAGCCAGUGGCCAAGGCGGAGGGGAGCCCCACGGCCAUCCUCAUCGGCUGCCUGGUGGCCAUCAUCCUGCUGCUGCUGCUCAUCAUCGCCCUCAUGCUGUGGAGGCUGCACUGGCGCCGGCUGCUCAGCAAGGCGGAGCGCCGGGUGCUGGAGGAGGAGCUGACGGUCCACCUCUCCGUCCCUGGGGACACCAUCCUCAUCAACAACCGCCCGGGGCCCCGAGAGCCGCCCCCUUACCAGGAGCCCCGGCCUCGGGGCACCCCACCCCACUCUGCGCCCUGUGUCCCCAACGGCUCUGCGCUGCUGCUCUCCAAUCCGGCCUACCGCCUCCUUCUGGCGACUUACGCCCGCCCCUCUCGAGGCCCGGGCCCCCCCACACCCGCCUGGGCCAAACCCACCAACACCCAGGCCUGCAGUGGGGACUACAUGGAGCCCGAGAAGCCGGGCGCCCCGCUGCUCCCCCCGCCCCCCCAGAACAGCGUCCCCCACUACGCCGAGGCCGACAUCGUCACCCUGCAGGGCGUCACUGGGGGCAACACGUACGCCGUGCCCGCGCUGCCCCCGGGGGCCGUGGGGGACGCGCCCCCCAGAGUGGACUUCCCUCGGUCACGGCUCCGCUUCAAGGAGAAGCUUGGCGAGGGGCAGUUUGGGGAGGUACACCUGUGUGAGGUAGAGGACCCCGAAGACCUGGUCAGCAGCGACUUCCCCAUCAGCGUGCACAAGGGACACCCCUUGCUGGUAGCGGUGAAGAUCCUCCGGCCAGACGCCACCAAAAACGCCAGGAAUGAUUUCCUGAAGGAGGUGAAGAUCAUGUCACGGCUGAAGGACCCAAACAUCAUCCGGCUCCUGGGCGUGUGUGUGCAGGACGACCCACUCUGCAUGAUCACAGACUACAUGGAGAACGGAGACCUGAACCAGUUCCUCAGCGCCCACCGGCUGGAAAACAAGGCCGCCCAGGGCCUUCCUGGGGACCCAGAGCCUGACCAGGGGCCCACCAUCAGCUACCCCAUGCUGCUGCACGUGGCGGCCCAGAUCGCCUCGGGGAUGCGCUACCUGGCCACACUCAACUUCGUGCACCGGGACCUGGCCACCCGGAACUGCUUGGUUGGGGAAAAUUUCACCAUCAAAAUCGCCGACUUUGGCAUGAGCCGGAAUCUGUACGCGGGGGACUACUACCGCGUGCAGGGCCGGGCCGUGCUCCCCAUCAGGUGGAUGGCCUGGGAGUCGAUCCUCAUGGGGAAGUUCACCACAGCGAGCGACGUGUGGGCCUUCGGAGUGACGCUGUGGGAGGUGCUGAUGCUCUGCCGGUCCCAGCCCUUCGGGCAGCUGACGGACGAGCAGGUCAUCGAGAACGCGGGGGAGUUCUUCAGGAACCAGGGCCGGCAGGUCUACCUGUCCAGGCCGCCCGCCUGCCCGCAGACCCUGUAUGAGCUGAUGCUACGGUGCUGGAGUCGGGAGCCCGAGCAGCGGCCGCCCUUCGCCCAGCUUCAUCGGUUCCUCGCAGAUGAUGCGCUCAACACAGUGUAGACUCAGGACCCUGCAGCCCGUUUCUGUUGGGAGCCGGCCCGGGGGAAGCUGGACGCGAACACCGGAGAAGCCUACGGCGCCACACCCCGCCACCUCCUGACUUGCCCGUCCCCGAGAGGCAGCGUUUCUGCGGGUGGGCUGGUCCCACCCAGGGAGCUGAAGCCUCAGUUACCAGAUACACACGCGCUCGCCCUUCCUGUACUUCCUUCCAUCUCCUGAGCGCCACCCACCCAGCUGGCCCUGGGCUUGGGAUCCUGCCUGACUUCUUCCAGCCAUCCCCAGGGCGAGGACGGAGGCAAAUGCAGGGCACACACUGGACAAGGCCCACUGGACCUCCUGGGCCCCACUGGACAACACUGGUUCCUGGGGAGGAGGCUCUGCCCCCUGCCUCCUUCCUGUCACACACUGGACACCGAAUUGGGGGGAACGGACAAGAAAGGCCAACGCCUGCAGCGGUCCUCCGCCGUGGCCGCCUUCUGUCCUACCCCGACACACUGGACCUGGGGGUGACCCCUGCCGUGACCCUCAGCCACAGCCCUCUCCUUCCUACCCGCCGCACUGCAACUAGACCGUCUCAGCCUAUAUGUUUCUGUGGAGUAAAUGCUAGGAUGGGGACAGAGGGAGCAAUAGCCCAAGGCCGGGGGUGGGGAUUCUAUCGUAGCUACCACAUUGGUUUUUCUAUAAUCACGUGGGGUUUGUACAUUUGGGGGGAGAGACACAGAUUUUUACACUAAUAUAUGGACCUAGCUUGAGGCAGUUUUAAUCUCCUGCACUAGGCAGGUAGUAAUAAAAGGUGAGUUUUUCCA